UGAACUUUCGUUAUCGGUCUCAAAAAAUACAAAUGAUCAUAUUUUCUUUAAAUUAAAAAAAAUUAAAGAAAUUCGUCAAUUGAACAGGGUUAAAUCAUGAAUUUAGAAUUAUUAGAAUCAUUUGGGCAAAAUUAUCCGGAAGAAUUUGAUGGAUCUUUGGAUUGUAUAUCGCUUGCAGUAACAUGUGCCUUCAAUAAACAUGGUACACUUUUAGCUGUUGGAUGUAAUGAUGGUCGCAUUGUAAUAUGGGAUUUUUUAACAAGAGGAAUUGCUAAAAUAAUAUCAGCUCAUGUUCAUCCAGUUUGUAGUUUAAGUUGGACUCGUAAUGGACAUAAACUUUUAUCAGCUUCUACAGAUAAUAAUGUUUGUGUAUGGGAUGUUUUAAGUGGAGAUCUAGAUCAUAAAUUUCGCUUUCCUUCACCAAUUUUAAAAGUGCAAUAUGAUCCAAGAAAUUCAUUAAGAUUUUUGGUAUGUCCAAUGCGUUAUGCUGCUGUUUUAGUAAAAAUUGGUGAUUCACAUAAAUGUUUGCCAUUAGAUAAUGAUGGUGAUUUAAAUAUAGUAGCCUCAUUUGAUCGUCGCGGAAAACAUAUUUUUACCGGAAAUGCUAAAGGAAGAAUUUUAGUAUUAGAAGUUGAAACUUUAAAAAUAGUAGCAAGUUUUCGUAUAAUAGUUGGUACAUCAAGUGCAACUGCUGUAAAAAGUAUUGAAUUCGCCAGAAGGGGUGAAGCUUUUCUAGUCAAUACAUCUGAUCGAGUUAUAAGGGUUUAUGAUUCUCAAGAAGUAAUAGCAUUAGGUAGAGAUGGAGAACCGGAGCCAAUACAAAAAUUACAAGAUUUAGUUAAUAAAACAACAUGGAAGAAAUGCUGUUUUUCAGGUGACGGAGAAUAUAUUUGCGCUGGGAGUGCACGACAGCAUGCACUUUAUGUUUGGGAAAAAAGCAUUGGUAAUCUGGUGAAAAUUUUACAUGGUACAAAAGGUGAAUUAUUAUUAGAUGUUGUAUGGCAUCCGGUUCGUCCGAUAAUUGCAAGUAUUAGUUCCGGUUUAGUUUCUAUAUGGGCACAAAAUCAAGUAGAAAAUUGGUCAGCAUUUGCACCAGAUUUUAAAGAAUUAGAUGAAAAUGUCGAGUAUGAAGAAAGAGAAUCUGAAUUUGAUUUAGAGGAUGAAGACCGAUCAGUUGAUUUAAAUGCAGAUGCAAAACAAGAUGAAGAAAUUGAGGUUGAUGUUUUGAAAGUCGAACCAGUAGCUGCGUUUUGCAGUUCAGAUGAAGAUGCUGAAGAUGAAAGUGCUUUGCAAUUUUUACCAAUGGCGCCAGAAGUUGAAGAUCCUGAAGAUGGCUGGCAAACGCAAGAUGACAUUGGAAAAGAUAAUGAUUCAUCAAAUUUGAUGAGUUUACAAAAUGUUGCGGUUGCCACUACGACAAAAGAUGCCAACAAUGGACCACCCACAAAAAAGCGUAAGCUGACGAAUCAGUACGAUAUAAUGCUGCCAAAUGCUCCUUUAGAUGAAACCCAUCCAUUGUUAUCAGGUAAAAAUAAUAAGGAUAAAGUAAUGGGUGUCAAAAAAGGUGUUGGUCGCCCAAAAAAAUAAGAAAUGAUAGUUUGUUAAAAUUAGUCUUAAGUCUUAGAAUAAGUUAUAUGAAAAAAAUUAAAGAAAAUCCUAAUCUAAA